CACUUGGCUCUCCGUAACGUGGUGCAUGGGCCCCGCGACGGCAUUCGCGCAGCCAUUCAGAGCUCGACGUCGCAGCGAGCUCGAGAAUACAAGUCCUCCUCGCAAUGCCGAUUCGCAAGCGAUCGAAAGAAGCUGCGCUUGUUACUUCCUCCGUCGAAUUUCGUACACAGCUGGAUCGUCGACUGUGCGCCUGAAGAUCUGCUCUCUUGGCAGUACGCUCGGGGCUCCAUGGCUUCUUAUACCUCGGUUUCGAGUAUGUCCGCACUAUCUGUAAUCGGCUCUUCGAAUUGCCAUCCGAAGUCCAAAAGACAACCGAAUCCUGGCACUUGCAGCGGCUGCAGUGCUUCUCCGAUAUCAUUUGCCCUCAAGUCCACUUUCACUGGAUCUUCACUCAGCGCAGACUUGCGUCCAAUUAUGGCUCCCGGACUCGAGAGCUUCACUGAUGGCCUCAGGGCCGCUCUGGACAGCAGCAACGGGAACGGUCAGAGCAAGACGAACGGCAGUGUGAACAAUCCUCGAGCCCGCGAGGAGCCCAGGCUUGGCAUUCACGGCAAGCCUUUGUACACAACCCUCGCUGGCCAUCCUGUCAGCGAUGAUAACAACAGCCUGACCAUCGGCGAGAGUGGAACAGGACUGCUAGAAGAUCUACAUUUGCUCGAAAAGUUGGCCCAUUUCAAUAGGGAACGUGUACCAGAACGAGUUGUGCACGCGAAAGGUCAUGGUGCCCAUGGCUACUUCGAGGUUACCAAGGACGUCAGCGACCUUUGCAAAGCGAAGCUUUUCAGUGAGGUCGGGAAGAGGACUCCCAUCUUUGCACGAUUCUCCUCCGUUACAGGAGAGUCUGGUUUCGUGGACACCAACCGAGACCCGAGAGGUUUUUCCGUCAAAUUUUACACCGAAGAAGGAAACUGGGAUAUGGUUGGAAACAACACCCCGGUAUUUUUCGUCCGUGAUGCUAUCAAGUUUCCAGACCUCAUUCACUCACAGAAGAGGAAUCCUCAAACGCACAUGAAAGACCCCAACGCUUUCUGGGACUUCCUCAGUCUGGUACCCGAGUCUCUCCAUCAGGUCCUGAUUACCUUCUCUCCCCGGGGAGUUCCGGACGGUUUUAGGCACAUGCACGGUUAUGGAUCUCACACUUUCAAAUGGGUAAACUCGGAAGGCAAAGCUAAUUGGGUGAAAUUCCACUUCCUGAGCGACCAAGGCAUCAAGAACUUGACCCAUGAGCAGGGCAUUAAAAUCUCUGGUAUCAACCCAGACUACGCAACAGAAGAUUUGAUCCAAAAUAUAGAGAAGGGAAACUUUCCGUCGUGGACUUUCUUUGUCCAAGUCAUGCCUCUGGAAGACGCAGAAAAGUACAAGUAUGAUCCUUUUGAUCUGACGAAGGUCUGGUUGCACAAGGAUUAUCCACUGAGGGAAGUAGGAAAGAUGGUACUGGAUCGCAAUGUCACCAACUACUUUGCUGAGGUCGAACAAUCAGCAUUCUCACCCGCCCACAUGGUGCCCGGUAUUGAAGCUUCUCCUGAUCGUGUGUUGCAAGCACGACUCUUCGCCUACGAUGAUGCUGCACGCUACAGGCUGAGCGGCAACUACUUGCAGCUUCCCAUCAACGCAUGCCCAUUCGCUAAAGUUCAGAACUAUGCACGAGACGGAACUAUGGUGACUACCGACAACGGUGGUAGCAAGCCCAACUAUUACCCUAACUCGUUCAGCGACUUGCCUCAGCCGGAUUCUGCACAAAAAGACGUGCAUCCAUACAACCAUGCAGCAGGAGUAGUCGAUAGAAAGCCAGCUCGAAGGUGGGUCGAGGAUGAUGAUUACGAGCAGCCUCGCAUGCUGUGGCAAAACAUGAGCUCGGAAGAUCAAGAACAAACUGCCAAGAACAUUGCCGGACAUAUUAUGGGAGCUAAAGAUUUCAUUCAGAAACGUCAAAUCGAAGUAUUCCGGAGAUGUGAUGAAAAACUUGCUGACAAAGUCGAAGAGGCUUUGGCCGAGAAGAAGAAAAGCUCCGAACCUUACACGAUGGUAGCUUAGAGUUCUCAGCCUUUUUCUUCAUAGUUUUAGCCUUUAGCCUGUUCAUGAUAUGGCGCUGCUGAGGAUUGUACAGACGUGCGUAUUGAGCACAAGGCGAAUAUGCUUAGCUCCGGGUAAAUUUGUAGAUAAAGUUCCCAGCUCCAAAAGACGUACUGAUUUGUCUUUUUCAAUAGGUCGGUUACUUUGAUAUGAUAGAAUGUUCUCUAUACCUGCCUCCGAUGAAAAUGAGAUGGGUUAUGAGAUUAGUUCAUACUACAAUGUUCAUAUCGUUACAAUCAAUUACAAAAAG